CUCAGCUUCGUGCUUUUCCUUAACUUCUAAGUCUGCUUCCCUUCUUCACUCCCUCUGUCACAGAGAUUCUGUGCAUCCCACAUUGUGUUCUUCAAUGGCAGGUGCAAUCCACAACCACAGCAGCAACAAACUCGAGAAGAAAAAUCAACAAGACCCCAGUAAGUUUUAUUAUCAUUUUCUCUACAAAGCUGUCAUAGUUUCCAUCUUCUUAGUUAUUCUUCCACUCUUCCCUUCACAAGCUCCUGAAUUCAUCAACCAGUCUCUACUCACCCGAAACUGGGAGCUCCUGCACCUUCUUUUCGUUGGUAUUGCUAUCUCUUAUGGAUUGUUUAGUCGUCCAAACGAUGAAUCAGAGAAAGAUAACAACACAACUUUUGAUAACGCACACUUAGUUGUUUCUAGGUUUCUACACGUGUCAUCUUUUUUCGAGGAUGAAAGCCAAUCUGAAUCUGAGUCUGAUGAAAUCCAAGUCCAAACAUGGGGUGUUCAGUAUCACAGGAAUGAACCAAAAGUUGUUAUAGCUUCAAAGCACUCUAAUUUUGAACAGCAGAGUGCUACAAGCUCGAGAAUUGGUGAAAAGCCCUUGCUCUUACCCGUUAGAAGUUUGAAAUCUCGUGUUUCUUCUGACCCUGGUGGUGUUGUUCAAUCUGCAUCUCCUAGUAGUGCAACAUCUAAAUCAGGCUCCAAAAGAUUUUCAGUUUCAAGCAAUUCAAAUAAAGUUAGGUAUGGAGGAGAGCUAGAACGUUUUGAAAGUGCAAAAGUUGAAGAUAAAGUGAAGGAAGACACUGUGCUUCCUUCUCCUAUCCCAUGGAGAUCUUCACUUUUAAUGGAUAAGGAAACUGAAUUCAACAAGGUGGAAUAUCGUUCUUUGAAAUCUCAAAAAUCACUUUCUUCUAGGCCCAGUUCCGCGUCUUCUUCACCCAAGGGUGCAUCAUCUCCUUCACCUUCAUUCUCAUCAGAAUCACUUGCCAAGAACGCAGAGGAUUUGAUGAGAAAGAAGGGCUUUUACAAGUUUAGUUCUCCUCCUCCCCCUCCACCACCCCCACCCAUAUUUCAGAAAUCAAUAUCAAUGAAACCAAAGUCUAGUUCAUUCAAUAAAGAUGCUUCCUUUGAUAAGGAAUUGAAGCGAAGCUCCACAAGUGAGAGACGUGACUUGAACCGGUGGACCAGUGGGAGUAGAUUUACGAGUAGAGUUGAUUCAGAAAUAGAAGUAAUACCAAAGGGCCAUGUUGAAAACUUGUCAAUGAAGAAUUCAGUGACAACAUUAAGGAGCAGCGGAGAGAGCAAAGAAGGAAUGAAAAGGUCAGAAAAAAGCCAAAUGGAAGAAGAAGCUGAAGAAUAUUUCGUGAAAGAGCCAACAAGAAAGACUUAUAAGCACGUGUCCUUUAGAAGCGACAAGUUGAUGGGGCAUGCAAGUGUCCCUCCUGUGUCAGAGCCAGCUUCAGAGGAAGAAAAAGAAAGGUUUAUUGACAAGGUGAUUGUGGAGUUAGAUGAAGACACGGAAACUGAGGAUGAAGAGGUUGAAGGAAGAGUCAUUGAGAAAGAGAGUGGGGAAAGUUCAAAAAUGGAUGGACCUUGCAGCAGCAAUGGUGAUGAAGGAGUAGAUGUAGAUAAGCAGGCUGAUGAGUUCAUAGCCAAAUUCAGAGAGCAAAUCAGACUUCAGAGAAUUGAGUCUAUCAAAAGGAGUGCACGAAUUGCUGCUAGAAAUUCCACAAGGUAAUUUUGAAGAUUCCUAGGUAUUUUGGUUACUAAAUGGGAUGUACAUUACUUAAAAUGGAUCUAAGGUUGUCAUUGGUAUCGUGUCCUACUUCCCCCAAGAAAUUUACAAUUACGGUGUAGACAGAUUCACUGAUAUUAGCUACAUUUAAACUAAUUGCUUUGCUAGAACAUGAUGUUUAUUGGUUAUGAUUU